AUGAAGAACGUCGUUACCGAGAAACUCUUCCAGUCGCCGUCCAAGUACAUCCAAGGACCAUCUGCCAUCAAGAAUGCCCCUAUCUAUCUAGGGUCACUAGGCAAGACGGCUCUGUUGACUGCAGAUGAUGUCGUGUACAAGAUCGCUGGUGCAGCUCUGACGAGUUCACUGGAGCAGGCAGGCAUGAAGGUCGUAUACGUUCGCUUCAACGGUGAAGCUUCAUCAGCAGAGAUCGCACGGGUUCAAGACAUUGGCGCGCAGAACAAGGUCGAGUAUGUAAUUGCUCUCGGUGGCGGGAAAACGAUCGAUACUGCCAAGGCAGUCGCAGACAAGCUUGGUGUCCCUUCAGCAGUUCUCCCUACGACAGCCUCUACAGACGCGCCGUGUUCCGCCCUCAGCGUUCUAUACACACCCCACGGAGAGUUUGAUCGCUACUCUUUCUUCAACAAGAACCCUACCGUCGUUCUAGUGGACACUUCGGUAGUCGCAAAGGCACCGGCUCGGUUCUUGUCUGCUGGCAUUGGCGAUGCUCUAGCCACACACGUCGAAGCACGCGAGGUUAGGAACGCGGCCAAUUUUGGUGGUGGUCUUCCUACGCUCCUUGCCGGUGCGAUAUCUGCAAGAUGCGAGGAAAUCCUAUUCAAGUACGGAAAACUCGCGUACGAGUCUAACAAAGUCGGUGCUAUUACCCCGGCCUUAGAAGCUGUGGUUGAAGCAAACACGCUGCUGUCGGGCUUGGGUUUCGAAAGCGGGGGAUUGGCUGCUGCGCAUGCGAUUCAUAAUGGUCUGACUGCCCUAGAGCCUACGCACAAAAUGAUGCACGGCGAAAAAGUUAAUUUUGGAACCGUUUGCCAGCUCAUACUUUGCAAUGCGUCCGUGGAGGAGAUAGACCGGUAUCUGGAGCUCAUGACUUCUGUUGACCUUCCUGUUACGUUGGCGCAACUUGGGGUUACGAGCGUCACGGACGAGGAACUUGGACAUGUUGCAGAGCUGGCUUGUGCGCCGAAUGAGACGAUAUGGAACCUGGACUGUGUCAUCAACGUCGACGUUGUCUUCAAUGCUAUCAAGGGCGCCGAAGCUGCCGGUCGCAGUUUCCUCCUCAAGAAAGGGCUGUUGUAA